UUUUUCAAAGACACAUCAAGACUGAUCGUCUCACAUUAUCUAACUUGGCACACACAUUUAUAAACCACCUGGUUUUCUCUUCAGCUGGUUAAAUAAGCCCAUUGCACAUAUUUGUUGAGGCCCCCGGGCCAUUCUGCAGUGAAGUGGGUGUGUCUCGCAAGUUUUGGGAAGGGGUCCAGGAUUUCUUUCAUAACCCUCAGUUGGUAUAAAUAGUUUCUCUGCAAGCAUUUCCCUCAGACCAGUGGAUGCAUCUGAACUGAGCUGAUUUAAAAGACACACUCAGCACAAUGGUUUAUUUUUCAGGGUUUGUUGGCUUGCUCCUCAUCUUGACUGCUGAAGCCAGAAUUGGGAACUCCUCUGAGUCUAGCUUCUGUACCGAGUCAAGGGAAUGUCUGCUGUAUGAUCUGGUGUGCAAGAAUGACGAUUAUGAGGUGCGCCACUAUGACUCGGUGAAAUGGGUGUCGACAGACGAGGAAUGCUACUUCAUGGACAAGGCCACGUACACUGCCUUCGGGAGACUCUUCAAAUACAUCACCGGAUCCAACGAGGCUGGCGUCAACAUUGACAUGACAGCUCCGGUGACUGUCAAAAUUGAGGAGAAGAAGAAGAUGUGGGCGUCGUCUGUCUUCACCCUCAGCUUCCUCCUGCCGUCUGACUAUCAGAUGACUCCUCCCCAACCCACUGAUGAGAGUGUGUAUUUUACAGAGACGCCAGACAUGAACGUGUACGUGAGGAGCUACGGUGGAUGGAUGAUGUCUUUGACAUCCAGUGUAAACUCCAUGCUGCUGAAAAGGGACCUAGACAAAGUCCAGGCCACCUACAACAAAGACUACCACUAUGCUGUGGGAUAUGACAGCCCAAUGAAGAUUCUGAAUAGGCACAACGAGGUGUGGUACAUGGUUGAGGGAGAGCCUGUGUGUCCUACCUCCUCCUAAACAUCCUCCUCCACUACUGCUGAGUCUGGCAUAACCACUUUGAGGAGGACCAAUGGGAGGUGCAUGGUAGACUGAGAACAUCUGAGAAAAUGUGGUUUGGGGGCAACAAAGAUGUUAACUAAGACAUGUGUCUCUGAUCUGGUGGCAUUAUAAUCCUAAAAUCAAUAUGCCACAUAUUACUGUAUGUGUAUACACAUCUUAGAAUUUGCUCAUUCUUCUUCAGGGUUCAGUUUGUUAGGGAGGUGCCUUGCCCAACCCCCCAGCCCCAUAAUUCGAACUCUGUACAUAUUGACAUGUUCUAACGAUGUGGGGUGAAUGUAGAUGUAGACAGGGAUACAUUUGUACUAAAAUCUGUUUGUCAAAAGGGAAGUUACUUUUCAUAAACUACUACAUUCAAUGUUGAACAUGAUUUGAAA